CAUAUCACCAAGCUGUUAUUUGGUUGUGGUCGUCCUGAGGUCAGUAGAAAAGUUUUGCCUUUGUUGAGCUGGUUGUUUAUUACGCAUUUUACGCGCGGGUUGGCUGACCCUUAAAGUGGCCCAUGGAGUCAUGAUUUCAUUUACAGCAGUAUUGAAAUACUGUUUGUCUUAUCUGGCACGUGUUAGUAGUUAACUAGUUGUUUCUUUCGUGUCUUGAUCUUGUUUGGCGGUAGCAGAUUUGCGCCCUUUACGCACAGGCACUGUUGUCUUGACCAUGCCGGAUGCAGACACAAAAAAACAACUUCAGCUUCAAAAGAACUUCUGACCCUAACGCAAGGUUUUCCUCUCUUACCAAAGGAAUUCUUCAUCUCUCCUGAACCGCUGGUGCCUCUGGGUUUUGGGGGUAUCGGUGAGAGGUUCCCACCAUGUCGCGCUUUGACAUGAAGGAGUUCGGGGAGGCUGCACCGUUUUUACGCAAAUCCGAGCUGGAGCUUCUGACGGCGCACACGAUUCCUUUUGACGGUAGGCCGAAUAAGGAGAGUAGAAUGAAAGCAAAUCUUAAAGAGACCAAUCAUUUCAAGUUUACAGAUGAUGAGGAAAUCGUUUUUAAUUUGAUUUCAUUGUUGUACCUCUUCUAAAUGUAGUCCCAAAUGUAGGACAGGUUAUGACAUUUAACUUUGGUCUGGUGUUUUAUGCGUCACACUGUGUUUAAAGCAGUGAGAAAACAUAACAAGUGUUCAUUUGUAUAAUGUACUCCGCAAUUACUGGAGCAAUGUCUCCUCACUCUUUUUUGAAUAGCAUGAAAAAUUGUCAUAAUUCAGUAACAAAAAUAAAGGUGCUCGUGUUUUUUUUAAAUAGUUACAUCAGUUAUCCAGCUGAAUUUACUCUGAGAUUAAACCUUAUGUUGUGUGUUUUAUUUUGAUUUUGUAAUUAUUAUGACUAUUUCCUUUAACUUAUUGUCUCUAUAAGCAUUUUCAGUUGGAAGAUUUUGUCUGUUUCUAAACAUCCUUUACUCCACUUUUAGGUAAGAAGCGAGCUUGGAUACCAGAUGAAAAAGAGGCGUACAUUGAGAUUGAGAUCAAGGAGCUCAGCGAUGACAAAGUCAUCGUUGAGACCAAAGAUAAGAGAGUAAGUUAUCAUCAUGCAAUAAUGAACAUUAACCUUCUCUAGACCUAUUCUUCUUACCCUUGCAAGAAGACUAAUGUUUCCCUCCUCCAAACUGCCUGUCUCCGUCUCUAUAGACUCUGACAGUAAAAGACAGUGACAUCCAGCAGAUGAAUCCCCCCAAGUAUGACAUGAUCGAAGACAUGGCCAUGCUGACACACCUCAACGAGGCCUCUGUGCUGUACAACCUGCGCAGACGCUACUCUGCCUGGAUGAUCUAUGUGAGUAUCACAUUGUGGAACUUCCCCUCUCCUGUGUUUCCAUGCUCCCUUCAGAGGCAUGAUUAUCCAGAUUAAGUUACUGGGUUCAGCUGUAAGCUCCAGCAAUGUCAGACUGUCAGAGGAAGAACUGGUCGUCUUAGCUUGAGGUGAUGUACUAUAGAUGGUUAAUGUCGAGUUUUUCCUCAGACCUACUCUGGGCUCUUCUGUGUGACGGUGAAUCCAUACAAGUGGCUACCCGUCUACACGGCUCCAGUGGUCGCUGCCUACAAGGGCAAACGCCGCUCUGAGGCCCCACCACACAUCUACUCCAUAGCAGACAAUGCAUAUAAUGAUAUGCUGCGCAGUAAGUGUCUCAAUCCUCGAAAAUACUGUAAAAGCAUACAGUGUACACCAGCACAAACACAAAGAUAAAACAAUCCUAAAUGCACAAACUUAGCGAUUUUAAUCAAGCCUUAUUCUGUUGUUUUUUUCAGAUCGUGAAAACCAGUCCAUGCUCAUCACGUAAGUUUCUGCUGAUUUUUGGGUCUUGUUUCAGGUACAAUUAAAGGAGUAGAAAAAAAGCCUCUGAUCAAAUAGGGACAUCUUGUAACAUGUAGACUGCCCACACUCAGACUUUUGAAAGUUUUGAUUUUUUUCACCCCAAGGCUUUUGUUUUUUACUGAAAUCCAUUUCUUGCCCUUUUUGUUUUGUUUUGUUUUUUCGUUUUUUUUUUCUCUCUGUUUUGUGAGAUGUAGUAUAAUUUUGAUUCACAUUACCUUGACAAGUUUUGUGACCAGUUUUUGCCUGUUGUAUGUACACUUUGUCAUUUUCACACUCCUAUAGCGGAGAAUCCGGUGCUGGCAAAACUGUCAACACGAAACGUGUGAUUCAGUAUUUUGCCAUUGUGGCAGCACUUGGAGACACGCCUGCCAAAAAAGGAGUAAGGCUGAUGUGGCAACCCGUAUUUUUCAUUCCUGGCUUUUUUUGCUGUAUGCAUUUUUUUUUUUUUUUUUAUUUGGUCCCAGGAACCCUUCAGUGUAUUUCCUAUAAACCAUCUCCAUACAUUUUCCUCUUUGUCAAGUUGGUAAAUGUGAGAACUGAUUACAUUCAUGUCUCUACCACGUGUUGUGUUGCCCUUUCCAGCCUCCUUCCUCUGCUUUGAUUUUUUUUUUUUCCUUUUACCCUUUCCAUAUAAUUUUGUGUCCCUUUUUGUUCCAAUUUUUUCAUUAUCUUUCCCUCUGCUUUGAGUUUUGGAUUUGAUUAUUCAGUGUUGCUUUGUGUUCACUUUUCCUACCUUUUUCUCCCCUGCGUUCACCACUUUUCAUCAAAUAAAACGAAGCAGCCAUUGAUUUUUACCUCAGCCUUAACAAUCACUCUCUAAUUUUCGAGUUGAUUAUGGUUGUUACCGUUGGUAGUGAAAGCAUUAUUUGAUCAUGUUUCCUAUGAUACGGCUCUCAUUGCUCCCUCGUCUUAUUCUUUUGCAGCAAAGUCCUGCCACUAAAACAGGGGUGAGUUCAAGCCGCAAAAAGACUUUUUCCACUAUAUUUGGCUUUUUAAAAUUCAACUCUAAAAAAAAAAAUAAUAAUAAUAGUAAAAAUUUUAAAAUUAAAAUAGUAAUAGUAAUAAUAAUAAUAUUAAUGUGACUCACUGUCUCCAUGAUUUUACCCUCGCUCCAGGGGACCCUGGAGGAUCAGAUCAUCGAGGCGAACCCAGCCAUGGAGGCGUUUGGAAAUGCCAAAACGUUAAGGAAUGAUAAUUCAUCCCGUUUUGUAAGUACCCAGAAAAUUACAUUCUGAUAUUAUAAUUUAAAAGCAUAGUUCUUUAAAUGGAAUUUGUUUUUUUUUUAUUAGUUUAUUUCAGAAGUGUUGUAAAUAUAUUUUUUCUUACAGGGAAAGUUCAUCAGGAUCCAUUUCGGGCCCACCGGCAAACUGGCCUCGUCUGAUAUUGACAUAUGUAAAUAGUAGACAGAAAUAGUUUUCGAUCUUACAUUUUCCUUUCUGUUUCAAACCUUUUACAAACAUGUACUCCUCUUUUCCUUUAGAUCUUCUGGAAAAAUCCAGAGUGAUAUUUCAGCAGCCUGGAGAGAGGAGCUACCACAUCUAUUACCAGAUCAUGUCGCAGAAGAAACCAGAACUGUUAGGUGAGUCUCUCUGGCUGCGCUGAGAUUUGAUCACAGAUACUUGCAGGACAGUGACGUCAUCUUUUAAACUCUUUGAUUCAGACAUGCUGCUGGUGUCCACCAACCCGUACGACUACCACUUCUGCUCCCAGGGAGUGACCACGGUGGAGAACUUGGAUGACGGAGAGGAGCUGAUGGCCACUGACGUAAGAGCCUUUAUUCUUCCAACAAAAAAAAGACAUCAUGACUCAUUAAAGAAGACGCUUUCUGGAGCCCGACGGCUUUGCUUGGUGUUUUUCACAGCAUGCCAUGGACAUCCUGGGCUUCCUGCCUGAAGAGAAGUAUGGCUGCUAUAAAAUAGUUGGAGCCAUUAUGCACUUUGGCAACAUGAAGUUCAAACAGAAGCAGCGGGAGGAGCAGGCUGAGGCUGACGGCACUGAAAGUAAGGGCAGACACGUUCACACAAAAAAACAAGCAAAUGAUUGAACAGAAUUUGAGAUUUUUGUUCUUGUAAUUUCAUCAGGUGCAGACAAGGCCUCAUACCUGAUGGGGGUCAGUUCAGCUGACCUCAUUAAAGGUCUGCUUCACCCGCGGGUGAAGGUGGGGAAUGAAUACGUGGUGAAGGGACAAAAUGUUGAGCAGGUGAGGAAAUCCAAAUUCUGCUGUUGUCUCUGUUUUAUUUUGUUUUUGUUUGUUUAUUUUGCAUUAAAAGGAGAAUAGUUUCUAUUUCUUUCUGUUAUCCGUAAAGGAAAUGGUCUAAAAUUACAUACAUACAACAAGACCAUAGAAGCAGCAUUAAAGCUCCUUUACAAAGUCCAAAGUGUUCUCCCUCACUUCAUUUUGCUGGGUGUUUGCUGAUACAAGGAGGCUUCUUAUUUCUCAGCUGAUCAAUACACUCGCCUCUCCACACACACUCUAGAAACUGGUAUCCAAGCAACAGAGUGGAUCCAUGUGAAUGACAGCUGUAUUCUUCCUGCGUGUGUGUAUUUUUUUUUGUCGGGAAUGUGUGUGGAUUUGUGCGUGGGUGUGGUAGGUUAACUACGCUGUUGGCGCUCUGGCAAAAGCCACGUAUGACCGUAUGUUCAAAUGGCUCGUGGGACGGAUUAACCGGACCCUGUACACCUCUCUGCCUCGUCAAUACUUCAUAGGAGUCCUCGACAUCGCUGGCUUUGAGAUUUUUGAUGUAAGUACAUCCAUACUUCGCAAUUAGAGCUUGAUUUUUACCUAUUUACCGUUGAUAUUGAGGUGCUUUGCUCAUGCUUCAUAUUUAAUUUGCUUUAUGGGUUUAAUCUUUCUAACUUAUAAUGUUUCUUCACUCAUUUGCUUAAUAUUGCAGCUGAACAGCUUUGAGCAGUUGUGCAUCAACUUCACAAAUGAGAAACUGCAACAGUUUUUCAACCACCACAUGUUCAUCCUGGAGCAGGAGGAGUAUAAGAGGGAGGGCAUUGAAUGGACCUUUAUUGACUUUGGGCUUGAUCUGCAAGCCUGCAUUGAUCUCAUUGAGAAGGUAGAAACGAAAAAUGAAAAUGUAGACAGUAAUGUAUAUUUUUAUAAAAUAGCGUGGGCCUAACUAACUAACACUUUGCUCGUCAACCAGCCGCUGGGCAUCAUGUCAAUCCUUGAAGAGGAGUGCAUGUUCCCAAAAGCCACGGACAGCAGCUUCAAGGCCAAGUUGUAUGAUAAUCACAUUGGCAAGUCGCCCAAUUUCCAAAAGCCACGACCGGACAAGAAGCGCAAGUACGAAGCCCACUUUGAGCUGGUGCACUAUGCCGGAGUGGUAAGUGCGUGCCCUCUAAAGUCCAGUGACACUCUUACAACAGUUGCUCUGACAUACACCUUUGAAAAAUGAGAUUUCCUCUCUGUCUUCACAGGUACCGUAUAACAUCUUUGGAUGGCUGGACAAAAACAAAGAUCCGCUGAAUGAGACAGUAGUGGCCUGCUUUCAGAAGUCUGCCAACAAGCUGCUAGCUUCUCUAUAUGAGAACUACGUCGGCUCUGACUCAGGUACAGUAGACUAGAGUCUGUUGGAGGACUAAGACGACUAAAGGACAGGGGCCACAUUGACUGUUCUGCAAAUUGAUUUCCAGCUCCCGACCACAAGGCUGGUGGAAAGGAGAAGAGGAAGAAAGCUGCCUCCUUCCAGACCGUGUCUCAGCUCCAUAAGGUGAGACUGACAGUCCAGAAGAGUGUUUGAAUGAACAUGACAUCCUAUAUUUGUGUGAGAAGAUAAAUUGUGGACGUCCCUGGAAAGCUGGUUGGAGGCAGUUAAGACUUGCAGUGAUGUUUAGGGCAUUGAUCACAUGAACAUCACUUUAAGUCUGUGCUGGCUCCUCUCCUCCCCACAUCAAGGACUUCACACCAAAACUGCAGAGUGCAAAAAACCCAACAUGUCGCUUUUGUUGUUUGAGUUGGCGCAUCGAUGCUUCAACACUAGAACUUAAACUAAUAAAAACUCAUUUAACUCUCAUCUUUCUUCUUUUCUCCAGGAAAAUCUGAAUAAGCUGAUGACCAACUUGCGUAGCACCCAGCCUCACUUUGUACGCUGCAUUAUACCUAAUGAGACCAAAACUCCAGGUAACAUAGAAUACAAGCAUCACAUGCCAUCAGGAGCUCAACUGAUGGGACUAAUAACAUGUUUACAACCUGAUCUGCACAGGGAUAAUGGAUCCAUUCUUGGUGCUGCACCAGCUGCGCUGCAACGGUGUGCUGGAAGGCAUCAGGAUCUGCAGAAAAGGCUUUCCCAACCGCAUCCUCUACGCCGAGUUCAAACAGCGGUACAGAGCGAGAUCAGAUUACUUUGGAUAUUGUUUCUUGCACUUGAAAUUACAGUGAUAAUUGGUACUGAAACACUUGUGUGUUUAUUCACGCAGCUACCGCAUCCUGAACCCCCAGGCCAUCCCAGAUGACAAGUUUGUGGAUAGCAGGAAAGCUGCAGAGAAGCUGCUGGCCUCCCUGGAUAUCGACCAUAACCAGUACAGAUUUGGACAUACAAAGGUAGGCGGAGGAGCUGAUCGGUAACACAGAGCAGUAAGGAGCUGCUGUUAAACUAAAUACCUGAUAGUUUAAUCCUGUAUCAUGUAGGUGUUCUUCAAGGCGGGUCUGCUGGGCCACCUCGAGGAGCUGAGAGAUGAGCGUUUGGCCAAAGUCUUGACCCUGCUGCAGGCAGUCGCUCGAGGCAAAAUCAUGAGGAUCGAGCUGAUGAAGAUGAUGGAAAGAAGGUAAAAAGAUUUAAAUAUUGUUUUUAAAUUAUGAACCUUUUUUAAAAAAAUAAAUUGCGUAGACUUUACAUGUACCCUAAGGUAUGAGAGAGCCCUUGAGCUUGAUCACUCAAUGCCAAGAAGGUGAAGACAUGAGUACAAAAAGGCCUCCCUCAACAGUUGCUUCUCUGAACAGGUUCAAUAGCAACACGAUCAGCUGCGAGCCUUUCAGCCUGUGAUACACUAUACCUUAGAGUUCACUCCCUCGCUCCAGUAUGUGUGGCAUGCAAGGGCAGUGUUAUCGGCGUGUGUGAGGCGUGUGCUUGCCCUUGUUUGGUUACCAGGCAUGUGUGUGGCCAUACUGUUAAUAAGGGCCCCCUCCCUUACAUGCACACACAUACUGACACACACACACUGACACACACAGACACACACCCCUCUUGCAGGUCUCCGAUCAUUCUCUCCAUCCACUCUCUCUAAAUUAAACAAUGCUGACGGUGUCCACAGAGCCAGGUGGUGACAUGUGUCAAGUGGCAGCUGCGCGGGCCCUCCCUAAAAAUACAACCACCAGCCCCCUUCGUGCCCGAUGGCCCCUGGCCCCUUUUGUCCGCGGCGCCUGUACUUCUAAGUGAGUGCAUUGGUAGGAUAUGUGGCGGGUGACAGAGGAUUUAAGUCGGCCGUUGGACAGAGGUCUAUGGUUUCUAAAUAAACACAGACGCUCACCUUUGAGAGGCACCCGGCAUGGAGUCAUGUCAAAAAUGCAAUCAGCUCCCCCCCCACCCUUAUUCAGUCACCUCCCACCCUGGCGUGUGCUCGCUCACUCAAACUUACCCUCUAAACACUGACAGGAAGUCCUUGACCGGUCUGCUCUGGAUCCAUAUUUAGGGCUGUGAGACGCCAUUCUACUGAGACCAACUCAACCUGGUAGCCCUGUUUGGUUCCAGUUAGCAAACAUCAAAAGCAGCAUCAGGUCUAUGAUUUCAUGUCACACUCCUCGGUGUAUGAUUAGGCACCAUGGAGCACAGAGUUGUAGGAUUAGUGGCAGAAAUUAAGCGCCAAGGAUAAGUAACUAAAUAAAUAGACGGGGGGACUUCAGAACAAAUCUUUUUGACCUUCUUGGGUUUACUUGAACUUAACUUAUACUGCUCUUUAAAGAACCUUGCAGUGUACAUCGUCGAGUCCUGACCUUUUGUUUCUCAUGUUUCAACAGCCCUGCUAUCAAAACCACCACCACUAGACUCCUGUGUUUAUAGAUUAAACAUAAAUGCAGAAAAAGAACCUUUACUGGUGGAGUCACAAAAAAGUCAUUGUUAAACUCUGUCAGUAGUCGGUCUCUCAGCACUCAUAUUAACUGAAUCAUGUAUUAGAAGUAUAUGUCACUUAGGCGGGGCCAAAUGGGGGGCUGGGUGGCCCAUCUUUAGAAAAACCCUGCCCCCUAGUGCUGUUGAUCGCUUUCAAAUCUUUGGUUCUAAGUUAUUGUAGGAUUAAAUGUGUUUAUUCAGUCUGUUUAGGGGGGUUGGAAGUGUCCACUCUUUUUUAAACCAAAAUCCAGUUUUUAAAAGUUACUGGUCUGCAGAGGUCGACCAAUCCAGUUCCAUUACACACCAACAAACACACAGUUGUCAGUAUUCAGAAGAAGCCAUAGCUGUUAAUGAUGGCCGAAUCUGAACACAACAAACACAGAAGUAAAGCAGCUUUUUUAGUCUAAUUAGAGCAAAUUUCUAAGCUGGAAAAAUGAAAAAAAUGUAUUUCUACUUUAGUGGGACUUCAGGCACCAGAACACUGGCCUCUUUCCCAACUUCACCAUCUUUGACAGUCAGGUCUGGUGAGAGCUGACUGUCCAAGCCACUCUUCAGCCUUCUGGGUUAUCAGAGCUGUUUUGACAGGAAAAAUCACUCUGGUAGUGUCUGUGCACCAUAAUGCUGCUAAAUUCUUUUUCCUUGAUUGACAGCUGUCCACUACCACUCAAACCCACGCUCCGACAAGGCUAUGCUGCCAGGCAGGGCAACAAGUAGCAAAUAGAAAAACUUUGAUUUGCUGAAGUCAGUUUGUUUUUCUUUGAUGUAUUGAAGUGUGUCUGGUAGGACUAGGCUGUGAGAGAGCACAGACAGGUAAAAAAUGAGGGGUUGAUCGGUCCAUCAUGUAGCUUUCAGGCCGUACUGUACAAGUUAUUGAUACUUGAGAGCAGCUGGUGGACACAGCUUUGAUGUACUGAGCUAACAUACCUCUGCUUAAAAUACUCUGUGAAUUUCAAGAUUAAUGUCCAAUCCAAAAAGAGAAUUUUUGUGGUGGCAAACUUCUGACUUUCCUCCUCUUUCGUUUUAUCCCAAUCCAGGGAGGCUCUGAUGAUCAUCCAGUGGAACAUUCGGGCUUUCAACGCUGUCAAGCACUGGCCCUGGAUGAAACUCUUUUUCAAAAUCAAGCCUCUAUUGAGGAGCGCAGCCACAGAGAAAGAGCUUGCCGCUCUUAAGGAGGAGCUAGCCAGGCUGAAGGAGGCUCUGGAGAAAUCUGAAAUAAAACGCAAAGAGCUGGAGGAGAAGCAGGUCAGCCUGAUCCAAGAGAAGAAUGACCUGGCUCUCCAGCUGCAGGCAGUAAGUGGCACUCCUGAUUGGACAUAGAGCAUGAAAAUGUUUGAAAACACUAAAUAUUCCCCCUUCUCUGCUGUCUGCCACAGGAGCAAGAUAAUCUUGCAGAUGCUGAGGACCGCUGUGACUUGCUCAUAAAAACUAAGAUCCAGCUGGAGGCCAAAGUCAAAGAAAUGACGGAAAGGCUGGAGGAUGAAGAAGAGAUGAGUGCUAAUGUGCUCGCCAAAAAACGCAAGCUGGAGGAUGAGUGUUCCGAGCUGAAGAAAGACAUUGAUGAUCUGGAGAUCACACUGGCCAAAGUGGAAAAGGAGAAGCACGCCACUGAGAACAAAGUAAGGAAAAAUCGAAGCGUGGAUCAGUGAGUUGACUAAAGUGGGCAUUCAGAGGCCCCAGACAGACAUAAUCAUCAAAUAUGAUUUUCUCUUGGCACAUAGGUGAAGAACCUGAUCGAAGAAAUGGCAGCUCUGGAUGAAACCAUCCUAAAGCUGACCAAAGAGAAGAAGGCUCUCACUGAGGCUCAUCAGCAGACUCUGGACGACCUGCAGACAGAGGAAGACAAAGUCAACACUCUCACUAAAGCCAAAGUCAAGCUGGAGCAACAAGUAGAUGAUGUGAGUGGUUUUAGCAGACCAAGAGGAAAAAGAUGCUGUUGCGUGUUUUCUUCUCAGCUGGUGAUCACUCACACAUAAAAUCUAACAGCUUGAAACUUCCUACUAUGAAACAGCUGGAGGGCACACUGGAACAAGAAAAGAAGCUGCGUAUGGACCUGGAACGGGUUAAACGCAAGCUGGAGGGGGAUCUGAAACUCUCCCUGGAGUCGGUCAUGGACUUGGAGAAUGACAAGCAGCAACUUGAAGAGAAGCUGAAAAAGUAAGAGUUGUCAUUUUCACACCACAUACCUCAGGUUCCUAUUAAAGGGUUUCCUAUUAAAUUAACAAUUGUUAAUGUUCCUUUGUUUCUUAAACUAGGAAAGACUUUGAGAUGAAUGAGAUAAGCUCCAGGAUUGAAGAUGAGCAAGCUUUGGUCAUUCAGCUUCACAAGAGGAUAAAGGAGCUGCAGGUGAACACGAGUCUCUAAAUAUUACACGCCAACAGAGCUGCCCUGAAUGAAUUAUUAUUAAGAGAAACUUCUUUCCUCCAGGCCCGCACAGAAGAGCUUGAAGAAGAGUUGGAGGCUGACCGAGCUUCCAGGGCAAAGGUUGAGAAGCAGCGUGGUGACGUGGCUCGUGAACUCGAAGAUCUGAGCGAGCGCCUGGAGGAGGCUGGUGGAGCCACCUCAGCCCAGGUGGAGAUCAACAAGAAGAGGGAAGCAGAUUUCCUCAAGCUGCGGCGAGACCUGGAGGAGGCCAUGCUGCACCAUGAGGCCACCACAGCAGCCUUACGCAAGAAGCACGCCGACACCAUCGCAGAGCUGAGUGAGCAAAUCGACAGCCUGCAGAGAGUCAAGCAGAAGCUGGAGAAGGAGAGGAGCGAGGCUAAGCUGGAGGCAGAUGAUCUGACAUCUACUGUGGAGCAGCUCUCCAAAGGCAAGGUAGGUGGAUCAGAUAGAAGCAACAAACUGAGUGGUUUGGUAGAAGACCAAGAGCAAGGUUGAUCAAAUUCCAAAUGUCCAUCUCUGGUCUGCAGGCUGCUUCUGAGAAGAUGUGCCGGCUGUAUGAAGACCAGAUGAAUGAGGCUAAAGCCAGGGUUGAUGAGCUCCAGAGGCAGCUCAGUGAAGCCAACUCCCAAAGAGCCCGCGCUCAGGCUGAGAGUGGUGAGGAACUUUCCUCAGAUCAAGAACUUCAGAAGCACAUUUCACAAACAAAUUAGUAAUGCAGGAACACCUUUCUCACAACCAUAGGUGAGAUGGGCAGAAAGCUCGAAGAGCGGGAAGCCAUGGUCUCUCAGCUUCAACGUUCCAAGAACUCCUUCAGCCAGAACGUUGAGGAACUCAAGAAACAGCUGGAUGAGGAGAACAAGGUCAGUACCUCAUCCCUGCAUCAUCACUGUAUUUUUUCACCAAACUGGCAGCUGCCUCUGCAGAAGCUCUGAGUCUCUAACAUUUGAGUAAUUGUUCUCAACCAUCAUGACUUAUGCCUUUAGGCUAAGAGCGCUCUGGCCCACUCGCUGCAGUCAUCUCGACACGACUGUGAUCUCCUGAGAGAGCAGUAUGACGAGGAGCAGGAGGCCAAGUCUGAGCUGCAGAGAGCUCUGUCUAAGGCCAACGCAGAGGUGGCUCAGUGGAGGACAAAGUACGAAACUGAUGCUAUCCAGAGGACUGAGGAGCUGGAAGAGGCCAAGUUAGUGAGAGUUUGAACGUAUUUCAAACACAUUUCACCUUUAAUAUGUUUUUUAUUUGAUGGCACACAAUGACUGUUUGAAUUCAUGAGCAUUAACUGUGUUUGCCUCUCAUCAGGAAGAAGGUGGUGGUGCGUCUCCAAGAGGCUGAAGAGUCUGUAGAGGCUUGUAAUGCCAAGUGCUCCUCUUUGGAGAAGACCAAACAUCGUUUGCAGAUGGAGAUCGAAGAUCUGGUCAUUGAUUUGGAGCGUGCCAAUGCUGCGGCUGCUGCCCUUGACAAGAAGCAACGCAACUUUGACAAGGUAUUAGCCAAACACCAACUGUACAGAUAAUUGAUUUUGCUGUCCUUAGAGAAUAAUAGUUAAUGUGUAUCUUGUGCUACGUUUGAGUUACCUCGGAAGUCAGAUGUCAGAGCUGGGAAUGACGUCACACCUGAGUUACCAGCAUUUCAGUGACCAAGUCAGAAAAGAGCUAAGUCGGAGGUGGAAACAAGAUGGCUACAUCUAUGAAAGUUAUUUUAGGGCUUGCCUUGUCCUUGCUUAUAUUCGGACAAGGCAAGUGCUAAAAUAACUUUCUUAGAUGUAGCCGUCUUGUUUCCGCCUCCGAUUUUGCUUUUUUCCAACUUGGUAACUGAAACACUGGUAACUCUGAGGUAACUCAAAUGCAGCAUUAUGGCCUGAGGACUCUAUGGCAUUGAGACAACGUCAUCUCAUUUGUUUCUGCAUGGCUCAAAUGUGUAUAUGUUGUCCUUCAGGUGCUGGCUGAAUGGAGACAGAAGUAUGAGGAGUGCCAGUCGGAGCUGGAGACCUCUCAGAAAGAGUCCCGUGGCCUGAGCACAGAGCUCUUCAAACUGAAGAACUCCUACGAGGAGACCUUGGAUCAUCUGGAGACCAUCAACAGGGAAAACAAGAAUCUCCAAGGUACCUGUCAUUCAGCUCUCAGAGUAAAAGAUGCAUUCAAACUGACAGCAUACCUCUCAAAGAUGAAAAACAAACAAUUUUUCUUUCUUUGCUUCUUUAGAGGAAAUCUCUGACCUGUCUGAUCAAAUCAGUCAUGGAGCUAAGACCAUCCAUGAGCUGGAAAAAAUUAAGAAGGGUCUGGAGAUAGAGAAGAGUGAGAUUCAAGCUAGCCUGGAGGAAGUUGAAGUAAGCUGUUGACUAAGUCAUCUCAUGUCUAUUUGGCUGAGAUUUCCCUCGAAGGAUUGUCAAGUUUUAAGUGUCUGUCUGUUUCAGGGCACUCUGGAGCACGAAGAAAGCAAAACUCUGAGAAUCCAGUUGGAGCUUAACCAAAUCAGGGCUGAAGUUGACAGGAAGUUGGCAGAGAAGGAAGAGGAGCUUGACAACCUUCGGUGAGAAUUAUUGAUUACCUCAUUCAUCGUGAGUCUUUCCACCAACAUAGAUACUUAAAAUAUCUCUCCACGUUGCCUUUCUCCUUAGCCGUAGCCACCAGAGAACACUGGAGUCCAUGCAGACCACCUUGGAUGCAGAGACCAGGUCCCGUAAUGAGGCGGUGCGUCUGAGAAAGAAGAUGGAGGUUGAUCUGAAUGAGAUGGAGGUGCAGCUGAACCAUGCCAACAGGCAGGCUUCAGAGUCUCAGAAACUGCUGAAAAGCCUGCAGGUUCAGAUCAAAGUAAGUCCAUCUCACAGCCAGACAGUGAACCUCACUGCUGCCAGACUCAUUGACACAAACAUCAUUGUCGACAUGCUAGGCAAAAUCCUUAAUUCUACCUGACCUUUGACCCUAGGACCUUCAGCUGGAGUUGGAUGACACUGUUCACAAGAAUGAGGAGCUGAAGGAGCAGAUGGCGUUGACUGAACGCCGCAAUAACCUGCUGGCAGCCGAGGUGGAGGAGUUCAGAGCUCUGCUGGAGCAGAACGAUCGAGCGCGCAAGCUAGCAGAGCACGAGCUGCUCAGCUCAACUGAGAGAGUGAACCUGUUGCACUCACAGGUUGGUUAAUGUGGAUACACCUACACUAUGAUGCAUCUGAAACAGCUAAAUCACUUGACGAAAAAAGAGAUUAAUGAACAUUUAAAGAUGAUGUCAUGAUUAAAGUCAGCAUUUCGUUUUUUGUUUUUCAGAACACAGGACUGCUGAACCAGAAGAAGAAGCUGGAAUCUGAUCUGUCCACACUGUCAAAUGAGGUGGAUGAUGCAAUGCAGGAGUGCCGCAAUGCUGAGGAAAAGGCCAAAAAGGCCAUCACUGAUGUAAGACCCCUAAUUCACAAUAUAUCCUCACUGAGCAGGAACUAAAGACCAGCCAUAGAAAGGUUGGAUUAUCAUGAUUUUUGUCUUCGGUAAGUAGACUCAUGAUCCUUUAAACUGUAGGCAGCCAUGAUGGCAGAGGAGCUGAAGAAAGAGCAGGACACUAGUGCUCAUCUGGAGAGGAUGAAGAAGAACAUGGAGCAGACAGUCAAGGAUCUGCAGAUGCGUCUGGACGAGGCUGAGCAGAUUGCUCUCAAAGGAGGCAAGAAGCAGGUCCAGAAGCUGGAGGCCAGGGUGAGAGAUGUGUUGGUGUGAAAGCUUAGGUUACUUCAUUGCGGUGAAUAGGCUGGUAAUUUUCUGAACCACUUUGUAGGUGAAAGAACUGGAGAGUGAAAUGGAGUCUGAGCAAAAGAGGAGUCAGGAGUACCAGAAAGGUGUACGCAAGUAUGAGAGGAGAAUCAAAGAGCUCGCCUACCAGGUAAAUCAUCACUGUGUUUGUACAGGAAGUGUUCAGGUGUGUUACCUUGAAAGUAGAGUAAGAAGUCGCUGUUGUGUUGGUUUAGGCUGAGGAAGACAAGAAGAACCUGGUCCGCCUGCAGGACCUCAUUGACAAGCUGCAGACCAAGGUGAAGAGUUACAAGAGACAGGCAGAAGAAGCGGUGAGUCCAUUAUUUGGAGUUGAUUAUUGUAGAUGAUAAGUGAUGAAUGACUAUGACAACUGUAACUGGGGUACUGGAGUGUUUUUACAGCUCACUACAAAUCUAAGUUUUCUUUGUGUCAUCCUUUUUAAGGAGGAGCAGUCAAACUCCAGCCUGACAAAGUUCAGGAAGCUCCAGCAUGAGCUCGAUGAUGCAGAGGAGAGGGCUGACAUGGCUGAAACACAGGUCAACAAGCUGCGGGUCCGCACCCGCGACCAAGUUAGCAAGGUUGGUGAACUAAAUAUAAUUGUUUUUGUUGCAGUAUGCAGUCAUGUCGUAUGACCUUUGGAAGUAUUUACUAAAAUUAGCCUGCAGGCUCAUUAAAAGACCUAAUCUUAGAAAGGACAAGAUGUAAUCAUCUGUUGACGAUGACCUCACAUAGCCCCCUCAUGUGAUCUGUAGUGUAGUUGUGUAGUCUUGAGUAACUCUAUAAUACUGUGUAUGUGGUUGCUAAUAAACACCCCUAUCUUGUGUAUUCCAGCUCGCCGAGUGAUGUCCUGAGGUUGCAAUCUGUGUCCAAACAUAUCACAGCCACCCAGCUGCAACAGCUGUGCUCAACUGUGAGGACACACCUAAAUAAAGACUUAUCAACCUUU